ACGCCCGCGGAGCAGCAGGCUGCCGUCUUGUCUCAGCUUCUCGCACACCCAGAGCGAGAAGUGAAGCUCCCCUCUGCCCCGCGCGAAAAGACGCUGCGUGCGCCUCGCGAAACAAUCAAGAAUGUCACUGGCUCCUCGGCAGGCGCUGGUUCUGGUGAAUUCCACGUCUACAAGCAUGCUCGACGUAGAGAGUACGAGAGGAUCAAGCUCAUGGAGGAGAAGGAUGUUAGAGACAAGGAGGAGUCGCGCUUCUUGAUUGAACAAGCUGAGUUGCAGGCCAGGGACGAGGCCAAGACGGGCAAGAAUCGGGGCAAGAGGGAGAAGAAGAAGGCAGCUAGGGAGAGGGCAAAAGCAGCC